UUACUUAAUUUGUUAAGAAAAGAGAAAAAAUAUAAAAAAAAAGGAAAAGGAAAUAGGGCUCUUUAAAGGAAUGAAGAAAUUAUUGGUGCUUAUUUUUUUUUCUUACACUGGAUAGAAAAUUGGAAAAUAAGAUUUUCUAUGUUAACAGUUACUUCCUAUAAAUAUAUAAAUACUGUUUGUUAAUUAUUUACUUUAUUCACUUUAUAACUACUAUGAUUUCUAAAUUAUACUCUUUUGAAAUACAAUUAAAUAAGUUAGCUUCUAGACUUGUCUCAAGUAAUCAUUUAUUAAAUAUCUUUGAAGACAAGAUAAUCAAUUUAAUAGCAUUACAAAUGGAUAACCUUCUUGAAGAUACUGACACGAUAAAUCAACAAAUAGAUGCAAUGGAAGCCUAUAUUAGAGAUGCUCGGCUAACACUAGAGUUCAUGGCAAACGAGUUACUUUAUAUGAGAGAUCAAUUACCACUGGAAUAUGAUAACAGACCAAAAACUAUCAAUGACCAAGAACAUAUUUUAGAACAAUGUACAACUGAAAUCGAUCAAUUUUCCUCAUUCCUUAACUCUUUACAUCAUUGUGUACCUAAUUUAUUGAAAACUGGAAAAGAAGUUGUUAUUUAAAUGCUUUAUGUAUUAUCAUUUCAAUUUUAUGUUUUGUAUAUAGAUUCCUUUUUUUUUUAAAAAAAAAAUGUAUAGAAG